AUUUUGCUCAUUUACUCAUUUGCUCAUUUUGUAAUAAAAGUGUGCUUAUUUUCUUAAAUGAGUAGAAAUGUUUGCUCAUUUGCUCCGCCUAAUUUUAAUUUAAUCCUAUAUGAGUAUGACAACCCCUCUCUUUUACCCCAUUUUACAACUCUUACCCCAAUUUUAAACCCCACAAUAAUAAAUACAAUUACAAACUCAUCUUCUUCAUUUUUUCCAUGGCUUCCUCACUUUUUUUCCUUUAUUUUUUCCUCCUUUUUUCUCUCUCCUCCUCUUCCUCCCAUCACAACAACCACCAUCAUGUUAGUUCCGGCGAUGUUCAACCACCUAUUGCUGCAAUUCGACAAGCGUGCAGGGCAACUCGGUUUCCUGACACGUGCCAGUCCAUGUUAACCCAAGUGGGUUGGGCCAAGCCCGACCCAAGCCCGGUUGAUGUUAUUCAGUCUGCCCUUCAAGCUUCGGCCCAGAGUCUGAAAACGGGCCAGUCCAUGGUCCAACAAAUUCUUGACUCCUCGGCCCAUAACCUCAAUCGCUCUCGUGCCGCCAAAACGUGUCUUGAGGUUCUCGGGAACUCCGAGGUCCGUACUUCCGCCGCCAAGGAUGCUCUCUCACGUGGCAAGCUAAGGCUAAGGGACGCACGUGCAUGGGCUAGUGCCGCACUUUGCUACCAAUAUGACUGCUGGUCAGGUCUCAAAUACGUGAAUGGCUCGUCGGAGGUGAACUCGACGAUGUCGUAUUUCGACACCGUGUUGAUCGCCUCCACCAGCAAUGCGCUCAGCUUGCUACGAGCACUAGACGCGCUGGGUCCCAACCCGGCCGCAUGGACACCUCCCCGCACAGAGCGGAACGGGUACUGGGAGCCUGUUGUCGGAGGGACCGAGUUUAAAUUCGGUUCGCUUUCGAGUUAUACUACGGAGGUGGACGUGACGGUGUGUGGGGGUGGAGGGUGUAAGUACGGGAAGAUUCAGGAGGCAGUGGACGAGGCGCCGGAGAAUUUGGAAGGAGGGAAGAAGUAUGUGAUCAGGAUUAAGGAAGGGGUUUAUGAUGAGAUAGUAAGAGUGCCGUUUAAUAAAAAGAGUUUAGUGUUUUUAGGGGAUGGCAUUGGUAAAACUGUCAUUACUGGUUCGUUAAACACUGGCUUGUUGGGGAUCACUACAUAUAAUACUGCUACUGUCGGUGUCCUUGGUGAUGGAUUCAUGGCCAGUGGCCUGACAAUUCAGAACACGGCGGGGCCGGACGCCCAUCAAGCUGUAGCCUUCCGUUCAGACAGUGAUUUCUCCUACAUCGAAAACUGCGAGUUCCUUGGUAACCAGGACACCAUCUACGUCCACGCCCUCCGGCAAUUUUUUAAAUCAUGCCGUAUUGAAGGAAAUGUCGACUUUGUCUUUGGGAAUGCAGCUGCCAUCUUCCAGGACUGCACCAUCCUAAUCCGUCCCCGCCAAAGCAAACCUGAUAGUGGUGAGACCAAUGCUAUAUCGGCCCAUGGGAGAACUGACCCUGCUCAAACCACAGGGUUUGCCUUUCUGGGGUGCCUCAUAAAUGGAACAGACGAGUACAUGAAACUGUACCACGGCAAGCCUAGCAAGCACAAGAACUAUUUAGGAAGGCCGUGGAAGUCAUAUUCUCGGACUGUUUACAUCAAUUGCACUAUGGAAGCUCUCAUCAACCCUAGUGGAUGGCUUCCAUGGAGUGGUGAUUAUGCACUUUCUACUCUUUACUACGGGGAGUUUGGGAAUUCGGGUUUAGGUGCGGAUUUGUCUAACCGAGUCCCUUGGAGUAGACAAAUUCCUGCUGAACACAUCUCUACCUUUUAUGUACAGAAUUUUUUACAGGGUGACGAGUGGAUCACAACAGCUUCUUGAUUUUGACGAGCUUUAUAAAUGUUGUUAUUGGAAUAUAGUAGUUGUAGGGAAGAUGAUGUACUUGCAUCUCAUACACGUCGCUGAAGUUGAAAUAUCACAGUUUUAGGUGAGAUUGAUCCUUCGGCUCGUGACAUUCCUUAGUCUCAUGACAUUUCUCUAGCGCCCGAGUUUCUCAGUGCCUGUGUACAUAUUUGUCUCUUCUGAUUGGAAAGGAAAAAAAAAAAGAAUUAUAUGAGUUGGAAAGAACUUCAAGCAUAUUGAAGCAGAAGAAUCGAAGUUUUGAUGUGUUAGGCUGUUUUGGUAGUUAGUAAUACUUAAUACCCAAACAAAUUCCUCACCAAGAGGCAUAAGGGAAUAUGGUACAUCUAGACGACAAAAAAACACUUGCAACAUUAGCUCCAUAAGAGUUGAGGUGUUCAUAUAUUUAUACAACAUAGUUAUUUGACUGU